UAAUUUUGCCUGUUUUAUAGUUCAUUUUCGCAAAUAAAAUAUAAAGAUACAACUGUUUUACAAAUAAAGCUGCUAUACAACAUGUCAUUUCGUUUCAAGUCCAAAGAAUUACAACAUUUUAACUGGAUUUUCGGUAAUGCUCCUUGUUUUCCUGUGCAUUCGUCCAAGAUAAGCAUUAUUACUGAACCAAAUAAGUUUUAUGAGACUCUUUACGAGAAGUUUAAGGAUGCUAAAAGAAGAAUAUCCAUAGCUAGUUUGUAUAUAGGUACAGGAGAACUCGAGAAAGACUUAUUGAAGGUUAUGAUGACAAAUGCAAAGCAACAACAGCUAAGUUUGAAGAUUUUGUUGGACUAUCAGCGUGGUACGCGGGGGGAGGUCAAUUCCAAGACAUUAUUUGAGAGUUUUAUCGAUAAAGAGAGCAUCGACAAUUGCAAGUUAUCUUUGUACCAAACACCCAAACUUCAAGGAAGUUGGUCAAAGGCACUUCCAUCACGAUAUAACGAAAUAAUUGGCCUUCAACACAUGAAAUUGUACAUAGCAGAUGAUAUUGUGAUACUAAGUGGAGCAAAUUGCUCAAAUGAUUACUUUGGACAAAGACAAGACCGAUAUAUCCAAAUAGAAGACAAAGACUUAGUCAAUUUUUAUUGUGAUGUUAUAGAUGCUCUUAGUGACAUAAGCAAGCAGUUAGCUGGGGAUAAAAUUGUAGCACCAAAAGAAAUAUGUAGAAAGGAGUUUGAAGGGAGAAUAACAGACCUCAUUGAGAAAUGGAAGUUGUUACAGGCUGAAAAAUUAUCCGUGUUAGGUAAUGACUCAAAGAAUGAGACCAACACAUGGAUAUUUCCUUUAUUACAAAUGGGUGAUUUUAAUAUAACCCAGGAUGAAGACACCACCUGCAAUAUUCUUACAUCUGGACUAAAAGGCUCAUAUUUCCGACUCGCCACUGGAUAUUUUAAUUUAACUGAAAAGUAUGAGAAAGUUUUAUUAAAAGACUGCAAAGCAAACAUUAGUUUGCUUAUGGCCCAUCCAAAUGCUAAUGGAUUUUUGGGAGCUUCUGGUCCUGCAGGGGGAAUCCCCUAUGCUUACUCACUCAUAGCUAAAAAGUUUUGGCAAAAAGUUGUAGACUAUAAUCAAAUAAGCAGAGUUAGGAUAUUGGAGUAUGAAAGACCUGGAUGGACUUUUCACGCAAAAGGACUAUGGUAUUAUCCACCAGGCAGCGAAGUGCCUUGGGCAUGUGUAGUGGGCUCCGCAAAUUUGGGUGAACGUUCCGUCAGACGAGAUUUAGAAGCUCAGGCGGCGAUAUUCACUGAGUCUCCCGACUUACAGAAAAAGCUACAUGAAGAAUGUACAAAAUUACACGACUACUCAACAGAGAGUAUAGAAGACAUACUACAAAGAAACAUACCACUUUGGGUGCAAGCCACUGUUGGUCUGUUUCGGACAUAUUUUUAAUAAUUUUAAGACCCAGAAGAGAACCAGAUUAAAUACAAAAAGAGACAAUACGAUCAUACAAAGCUAAAAUAGUGAAAACAGGAGCAAAAAAGGGGCAUGUCAAAAUAUUUUUUUCUAUUGUUUUGUUGCAUUUUCCAGAAGAAUAAGGGCCAACCCAUACGUACCACAACCACACCACGUCGCAAAGACAAAAUGCC